GUCUCUCUAAAUAACGUUUACCGACCUUCUCUUGUGGACGGCAAUAAUCGCCGACGUUCCCUAAUUUAUCGGAUUUCAAUCCAACAACACACUCUCUCAAACAAAAAAAAACGUUUCUUUUUUCUUCGAUUCGCGAUUACGGCUUUUGAUUUUGUGGGACUCAUCUCGGUUUUUCUGGGAUUUUCAUUUUGGAUUCUAUUUCAUUUUUCAGAUUUUUUUUUUAUCUCCCGGUUGUUUUUUGUAUUUCUAUAUUGGGGAAACAAAAUCAUGCAGAGGAUCGUCGAUGAUGCUCUUGCUGUCACAAAAGAGUCAGUGAAAACUUUGACUUAUGAGUCUUUGAACAACAUUGCAAGAUGCAUUAAUGGAUUUUCUGCACUUCUCUUGACACUUUUGCCCGGAAAGUCCAAUGUUCUUGAAGGUCUUCAUGGAUGGGAGCUAAGGCCUACUUUACGUGGUCCUCGUUUACCACGUUGGAUGCAUAAUGGAGUCUCUUCUUUCAACCACUUCAUUCACGAGCUCUCUGUGGAUUCUGAUACUUCAAGCUUGGACUAUUCCUCUGGAGAAGAUGAUAGUGAUGGCAUGUCCACGCCUCCAUCACCCUUGUCUCAAACCUCACUCCGCUCUUGGGCUAGUCUUCCUACAAAUUACGAAAGCCAUUGGACAGAGUGGAUAACCUUCAUUGUCUGGUGGGUUUUACUACCUGCCCGGAUCCUUCUUUGGUUACCAUUAUAUCUUUUACGUCUUUUAGGUAGACGAAAUUCAAGAAUGUCACCUAUGAGCCCAGGAAGGUACCAACAUUCGUCUAGACCUUAUUUUAGCAAAGCUAUCCCAGGGAAAGAGCAUGACGUCCCUAACCGAACUACUGAUAAAAGACGUGGAGUCAUUGAGGAUCUUCAGCUUGGCAUCGAGAUCUUUAUCGAAACAAUAUUUGAUUUUUUUCACAAGGCGGCACAUCUUCUUCUUUCUCCAUCAGAAACUUUUGGAAUAGUUCUAUCAUGGUUCUCUUCCUCCAGUCACAGUUCUAAAGGAACCUAUGGUGACGUUUCGGAUGAUGAGAUCGUGCAGACUGCCAUUCUAGGAGAUAAUGAUUCAUCUCCUACAGAAAGAAGAACCACAACGAGCUUAUACAAUACAGAUACUCGGACUUGUCAAGAUGUUAUAACAGAGCUUGGGUAUCCGUAUGAAGCUAUUCGUGUUGUUACAUCUGAUGGAUAUGGUCUUCUCUUGGAAAGGAUACCAAGGUAUAGAAUCUACGAGAUUCACCAAGCAGCCGAAGAACUACAGAGCAAAAUCGACAAGAAAUCGUACCUUCUCGUGAACGCCAAGAACUGGGAAAUCGGGAAUCGGCCUAGGGAUUCGACUGAUGAACAAAAAAUCUCGAAUCUCGACGAGGAUCUAAGUCGGAUCAUAGCUCAUAAAUCCCAGAGUGAAGCCACGCUUCGUCCACCGAAGAAUUGGGAUGCGGUAACAACUACUGCAACGAACUUAAAUUCGGCGACGAUGCUUCCUUACCAGCAAUCAAGGACGAUGAUACAGAAACAGCCGUCGUGGCCUAGCCGGAUCUCUAUUACGCCGGGAAGUAUGUUUCAGCAACCAAUUGGGGAGGCGACGCUGAGGUACGAGAGCGCGAGUAAUCUGUCUCUAGCUACGUUCGCUUCGCUACUGAUUGAAUUCGUCGCGAGGCUGGAGAAUCUUGUGAAUGCGUACGAUGAACUCAGUGUCAAAGCUAAUUUCAAAGAAGCUGUCGCUGACUCACUGUUUUUUUCGCCGGCAUUGCCUUACUCGAUAUCAUCACCUUGUCGGAAGCUGACAAAAGGAACAAGAGGUGUCGGAGAGUUACUUCAAGCUUUACCCUCUUCGAAACCAAAAUCUCCGCCACCGCAGCUGCCAUGGCUCAUUGUUGGUUUGGGUAAUCCCGGAAAGAAGUACCAGGGCACGCGCCACAACGUUGGUUUUGAGAUGGUGGACGCUUUGGCUAAUGCAGAAGGCAUCUCCAUGAACACUGUUAACUUCAAGGCCUUGUUUGGGAAAGGCGUUAUUGGAAAUAUACCGAUUAUGCUGGCUAAACCACAAACUUUCAUGAACCUAAGUGGUGAGUCUGUUGGACAAAUUGUUUCAUUUUACAAGAUCCCGCUAAAGCAAGUACUUGUGGUUUACGAUGAUUUAGAUUUGCCCUUUGGUAAACUGCGUUUAUUGCCAAAAGGUGGUCACGGAGGCCACAAUGGGAUGAGAAGCAUUAUAGAUCGCCUCAAAGGUAGCCGUGAUUUUCCUCGUCUAAGAAUAGGGAUCGGACGGCCUCCAGGGAAGAUGGAUACAGCUAAUUUUGUUCUCCGCCAGUUCAGUAGACAAGAACAGGAAGAGUUGGAUUAUACAUUCCAAACCGGGAUAGAAGCAAUAAGGAUUCUUUUGCUUGAGGGGAUCAACAAAAGUGCAACCUUUGUCAACACUCGAAAAUCUAUGGAGCAACUCAAUGAAGUGUCAGCUAUUGUGGUUGACUUGGGUUCGCACACUUGCAAGGCUGGUUACGCCGGUGAAGAUGCUCCCAAGGCCGUUUUCCCUUCCGUUGUUGGGGCAGUAGAUGGUAUAGAGGCUAUGGAUGUGGAUGCUGAUUCUACAAAGACUAAUUCGAAUUCUGAGGAUUCGAAGACUGAGUCUGAAAAAGAAAAGGGCAAACGCAAGCUCUAUGUAGGAUCUCAAGCCAUGAGUUACCGCCGAGAUCAUAUGGAGGUUUUGUCACCUAUAAAGGACGGCAUAGUUUCUGACUGGGAUUUGGUGGACAAUAUAUGGGAACAUGCUUUCAAGAGUUGUCUGAUGAUUGAUCCUACGGAGCACCCAAUGCUGCUAGCUGAGCCUCCUUUGAACACUCAACAGCAGAGAGAGAAGGCGGCAGAGCUAAUGUUUGAAAAAUACAAAGUUCCUGCAUUGUUUAUGGCUAAGAAUCCUGUUCUCACGUCUUUUGCUACUGGGCGCGCUACUUCUUUGGUUGUUGACUGCGGUGGAGGAUCCACAACUAUUUCACCUGUGCAUGAUGGUUAUGUUCUUCAAAAGGCUGUUGUAUCAUCUCCACUUGGAGGGGAAUUUCUCACUGACUGCCUACUGAAAAGCUUGGAGAGUAAAGGAAUAAAAAUAAGACCUAGAUACUCUUUCAAGAGAAAGGAAAUACGAGCAGGGGAAUUCCAGGUUGAAGAUGUGGAUAUUCCUAACACCACGGAAAGCUACAAACUCUUCUGCCAGAGGAUGAUAGUGGGUGAUAUCAAGGAUUCUAUUUGUCGAGUUCCUGAUACUCCCUAUGAUGAUAAAUCAUAUUCAAACAUCCCAACUACGUCGUACGAGCUUCCUGAUGGCCAGAUGCUCGAGAUUGGUGCUGAUAGGUUCAAAGUUCCUGAUGUGAUGUUCAACCCGUCCAUAGUCCAGACGAUUCCUGGAAUGGAGAAGUAUGCUGAUAUGAUUCCUUCCGUUCGUGGGUUACCACACAUGGUCAUGGAGAGCAUCAACAAAUGUGAUGUAGACAUCCGGAGAGAGUUGUAUAGUAGCAUACUGCUUGCUGGUGGAACAUCGUCAAUGCAACAAUUGAAAGAACGUCUCGAAAAGGACUUGAUCGAAGAGUCUCCUCACUCGGCUAGAGUUAAAGUGUUGGCAAGCGGUAACACAACAGAAAGAAGAUUCAGUGUAUGGAUAGGAGGGAGUAUAUUGGCAUCACUAGGCUCGUUUCAACAGAUGUGGUUCUCCAAGUCUGAGUAUGAGGAACAUGGAGCUUCCUACAUUCAGCGAAAAUGCCCUUAAUGCAGGCAGCUUCAGAUUAUGUGGAGCCUGAGAAGACGAAACUUGGAAACUAAUGUUUUAUUUUCAUUGUGCAUCGAUGUUCUUUGAAUGUUAUUAAUAUUCGCCUGAACAACCUUUG